AUGUUCAAGCAUUCAUGCGUUCAGUGCAAGGCCGCGGGUGCUGAUAGCGAUGAAAGAUCUAUUAGGAAAAUUGAUAAUGAGAACGCCAUUCCGAACGACAAUACCACAACCUACCAAGCUGUUGUCUCCGGCAUGGGAUACCUGGUGUCAUCAGAUCGUCGCUCCUAUUCGGUCACCAGAUAUGGAGGCCCCUUGGCCCAGUCCCUCGACCACCACAUCUACCAGGUCACUCGAACCGGACCGAAUUACAUCGUCCUUAAGCAUAAGCCAUGCACCAUAAACCGACUCGCGCGGUUCAUUGUAAGCCCCUCGGGAAACACCUUCAACGUUAUCCGAGAAUACAAGGAUUUCCAGAGCGUACGAUAUACGGUCACAAGGAAUGGGUCUGAAUAUGAUUUGGGCAACGCUGAGCCCUCUGACCUGGCCAAGAUAAAGCCGCACAUUGAGGCCCACAUACAUAUUGAGGCGUUUGCGGCGUUUGAUGUUGGCAUAUUUCUGCACGAGUUGGAGAGGAAGAAAUUCAGGGAAGAUAUGACGCUCCUCCAUUUGACCGAGGAUAUGGCAGGCCUAAACAGCUCUGAGGAAUCUGAUCCUUGGGUAGUUCUUUAG